AUGAUUUUCAUAAAUACCAGCGGCGUAUUGCGCUGGUUGUAGUUAUUACUCUCACAGUCUCACCCCCACCCCCCACCUAGCUCCUCCUCCUCCCGACUCUCUCUUCAUCCAUGUGAACUAACCUCUUCCUCUUCUUCUUCUUCUUUGAACGAACCAAAACCCUUCUUUCAAAUGAGAGUGGACAAUGAAAGAUAGAAAAUGUCAAAUUAGCUUCCCUGCUAAUCAACUCAUCCAAGUUUUUCUCAAGCUGAUCAUCAGUGUAAUCGGAAAUGGGAAAGAAAGGAAGUGGAUGGUUUACAUCUGUGAAGAAAGUGUUCAGAUCAUCUCCCAAGGAAUUACCAAUAGAGAAAAAGAAAGACAAUGUAGAGAAAUGGCAACAUGAGGCCCCAGAAGUUGUUUCAUUUGAGCAUUUUCCUGCUGAAAGUUCUCCUGAUGUUACAAAUGAUGAGAGCAAUGCAUCAAGUCCAGUAACUGAAGAUAGAAACCAUGUCAUUGCUGUGGCAGUAGCAACUGCUGCUGCAGCUGCUCAAGCGGCAGCUAACGUUGUUCGCUUAGCCGGUUAUGGUCGAUACUCUAAGGAAGAAAGAGCUGCCAUCCUCAUUCAAUCAUACUAUAGGGGCUACCUUGCUCGGCGUGCCUUACGUGCCUUGAAGGGAUUGGUGAGGCUUCAAGCACUAGUUAGGGGCCAUAAUGUACGAAAGCAAGCACAAAUGACAAUGAGAUGUAUGCAAGCACUUGUUCGAGUGCAAGCAAGAGUAAGAGCAAGAAGGCUUCAGUUAACUCAUGAGAAGCUUCAAAUGAAGGCCGAGGAAGAAGAUGAACGAAGACUAUCGGUGGUUGAAGAAAUUAUGAAUCCUAAGAGUCCAUUGAAGAGUUAUAAAUGGGAUAGUAGGAAUCGAAGUCCAGGUAAAAUAUUCAAGGAAAAUGCUUCAAAGAAACAUGAUGCUGUCAUGAAGAGGGAAAGAGCCCUUGCUUAUGCUUACGCCUACGAGCAGCAGCAGCAGCAGCCAUUACUCUCCCAAAAUAGUCCAAACGGUAAAGAAAUAGGACAUUUUGUGGAUGGAAGUGAGAAGGCUCAAUGGGGCUGGAAUUGGCUUGAGGGAUGGAUGUCAGCACAGCCAUAUAAUGUGCGUCAAUUGGGUCCAAAUGAAGGCUCCUAUGUGACAUUAAACACAACCACUGCCACAGCCACGACCGAUGACAUGUCCGAGAAGACAGUGGAGAUGGACAUGGUCACCCCAACAGGCACGAGCAACUCUAACGUGGGCAUACUUGAUGCCAACCUGUCUUCGAAUAGACACCAACGACAACUGAGUUCGAGCAAUGUACCUAGCUACAUGGCUCCGACCCAAUCCGCGAAGGCAAAAGUGCGUAGUCAGGGCUCGACCAAGCAACAAUAUGCCCCAGGCACACCUCUGCGGAAUCCAUUCACUAAGAAAGGAUCAAGCAUUAAUGGUGGUUCAGGUUGUGAUUCUUCUAGUUCAGGUGGCGGCACAACUUACCAGGCUCCAAUUAGGAGCCCGAGCCCAAAACAAAACGGGAUGCGUCUCCAUUCUAAAAGACAUGCUGGCGGGUAUAGCCCUGAUUUCAAUGGUGGUGGUUGUGAUGAUUGGAGGGUGCCUCCUCUUGAUGGUCAUGGAUGGAGGAAUGAUUUCGGUUGAUGAGUGAUAUGAACUAUGUAUUAUGGUGUGUUUAUACAGUAUUUAUUGUGGAUUAUCGUUUGAUGUUUUUGUUAAUGAUGUCAUAAAACUCCAGCCCUUGAGGCUGUGCAUGGUAUUGGGUUAAAUAUUUGAUUUUUA